AAAAAUAUAUCGGCAUCAAUCCAGCUCAAGGAGCAUAACUCCAAAAGAUAGAUCGGUUGGGGAUAGAAUCAAAACCCGAGAAUUUAUGCCGAAAUGAACACCUCAAUCAACUCAUUGCUUCUACAUAAACCCUCUUCUUACAGGAGAAAUGCCUAGUGCAAAAUAGAGCAACAAAGCUGUUUAGUUAGAAAGAGAAAGAUGGGUUGGUUAUGGCCAGAGAGAAGGGGUCCAGCAUGGAAGCAAGGAUGGGCAGAGCAUACUAUAGCCUCCAUCUCACCACCUCCUUUUCCUUUGCUUGCCAUUUUCUUGAUAAUUUUUCUCCUCCUCUUUGUUUCAUCCUAUUUUAACUAUAAGUAUCAGAUGCAGCAUACUUUUAUCCACUUCAAGUUGUUUCUCUUGUUCUUGCCUGUUCUACUGAUCUUUAUUGCUAAGCUUGUAUCGAAAACUGAGAGGCCCUUUUUCCCUGCUACAAAAGCAGUAUAUGGCACGGUUCGUCCAAACUGGGACUUGCCUUGGGGUGUGGCAGUGCUGCUGGUGGUGCUUCUGGUGAUGGUCUCUUACCAGUCAUCUCUGCGGUCGGUCUGGUCUCCGCUUGUAUGGAGGUCUGAUUAAUGAUUACAUGUAUAUAGCCAAUUCUGUCGGUGUUUAAAAUUUAGCCACCUUCUUUGAUAGGAUAUAUAUGUAGUAUUUACUCUUGAUGUUAACUCUUGAUGAUUAUGUUAUGAGGAAUUUUAGAGUUACAAUAA